AUGGCGACUCCCAGAUUCCUCCGACCAGCGUCGCGAUUACUAUCCUCCCGCUUUGGCUUAUCCCCAGUGCGUUCAAGCUUUCAACCGGCGAUUUGCAUCAAGUCCCUUCCUCUAAGGACGUAUGCGGAUCAAAGUGGUGUUAAAGAAGUUGCAGUUAGAGAUGCUUUGAAUGAAGCUCUAGCUGAGGAAUUAGCUUCCAAUGAAAAGGUGUUUAUUCUAGGAGAAGAGGUUGCGCAAUACAAUGGAGCCUACAAGGUCACGAAAGGCCUCUGGGACCGUUUUGGCGAUAAACGGGUGAUCGAUACACCAAUCACAGAAGCUGGUUUCGCUGGGUUGGCAGUUGGAGCUGCUUUAGCCGGUCUACAUCCUGUGUGUGAAUUUAUGACGUUCAACUUUGCCAUGCAAGCUAUUGACCAGGUUAUCAACUCCGCCGCGAAAACCCACUAUAUGUCGGGGGGCAUUCAACCCUGUAACAUUACGUUUCGUGGGCCGAACGGUUUUGCUGCCGGUGUCGCCGCCCAGCACUCCCAGGAUUUCUCUGCCUGGUAUGGAAGUAUACCUGGGCUGAAAGUACUAGCACCUUGGAGUUCUGAGGACGCAAAAGGACUUCUAAAAGCGGCUAUUCGAGAUCCCAACCCUGUUGUUUUCUUGGAAAAUGAGCUCAUGUAUGGUCAAAUGUUCCCAAUGAGCGAGGCUGCACAGAAGGACGAUUUCGUUCUUCCCAUUGGAAAAGCCAAGAUCGAACGCCCUGGAAAGGAUUUGACUAUUGUGACAUUGUCCCGGUGCGUCGGGCUGUCAAUGAAUGUUGCAGCCCAGCUAAAGAGCAAAUACGGCGUCGAAGCAGAGGUGAUAAACCUGAGAUCAGUCAAGCCACUUGAUGUUGAAACAAUCAUCAAAUCCGUUAAAAAAACUGGGCACUUGAUGGCCGUUGAGUCUGGCUAUCCAAUGUUUGGUGUUAGUUCGGAGAUUCUCGCUCUUGCCAUGGAGUAUGGCUUUGACUAUCUCCAGGCGCCCGCAAUCCGAGUUACGGGCGCCGAGGUGCCUACCCCUUAUGCUUUGAAACUAGAGGAGUUGAGCUUUCCCCAAGAAGAUACGAUACUCUCCCAGGCCGUGAAGCUGCUUCGUGUAUAA